AUGGUUCCUGGGCUAAUCGCACGGAUACGGCAGAGAAAUAGCAGCAAAAUAACGGCGGGCAUUGUUGACUGGGCCAGGGCGAGUAUCAUGGUGUUAGCAGCAGUGCUGCCUCUGAACCUGAUAACCGAAGACGAUCGCAGGGCUCCCAGCGGCAAUCAGGAUCCCACAGCGAAGCCACCUCAGAAAUUCCUUCGUUUUCAUCGGCCAUUUAAUCGGGAAGUCAGCCAAACCCUUACCAUAGAAAACAACAACGAUGAGCCGGUUGCAUUCAAGGUCAAAACAACAGCUCCCAAAAGCUAUUGCGUGCGGCCCAACUCAGGUCGGAUCGGAGCAGGCGAGAGGAUAGAUGUUCAAGUUCUUCUGCAGGCAAUGAAGGAUGACAAGUCAGUGGGAGCAUCUAAAGACAAGUUUUUGGUCCAGUCUGUGGCAGUAUCCACGGACAAAGAUUUCUCCAAUGUCAGCUCGAUCUGGCAGCACGUUGAGCAAACAUCAAAAAGUUCUAUUCACGAACAGAAAAUAAAAGUCGAAUUUUUGCCUCCUAAGGAUUCAGGAGAACAACCCUCAACCGACGAACCCAAUGGAAUCGAACCCACAUUUACAUAA